UCCCCCGGCCCACAGCUGGGAAAUCCGCCGCAACCCGAGCCAGCUCAGCUGGGGGAGCCGGGCCGGGUGGACGCGCCGGGCGCUCUCGCUUCUGCGCCUCGAGCACCGCCUCGGCCCCUCCGCCCGCCCUUCAGUCCACCCGUGCGUCCGCGCCGGUGGACCAUGGCCCCGCGCAGAGGGGCUCCCGGGGGCUGCUGCCUGGCGCUCCUGCUGUGCUGCAGCUGGGGGUUGCUGACGGGGGUCUCCCCGAAGCCGGGCGGCGGGGGCGGCGGCGGGUGCCCCAGCCGCUGCCUGUGUUUCCGCACCACGGUGCGGUGCAUGCAUCUGAUGCUGGAGACCGUGCCCGCCGUGGCGCCGCAGACCUCCAUCCUGGAUCUUCGCUUUAACAGAAUUAGAGAGAUCCAACCUGGGGCAUUCAGACGGCUGAGAAACUUGAAUACAUUGCUUCUCAACAAUAAUCAGAUCAAGAAGAUACCUAGUGGAUCAUUUGAAGACUUGGAAAAUUUAAAAUAUCUCUAUUUGUACAAGAAUGAAAUCCAGUCAAUUGACAGGCAAGCAUUUAAGGGACUUGCCUCUCUAGAGCAACUAUAUCUGCAUUUCAAUCAGAUAGAAACUUUGGACCCAGAAUCAUUUCAACAUUUACCAAAGCUUGAAAGGCUAUUUUUACAUAACAACCGAAUUACACAUUUAGUUCCAGGAACAUUUAAUCACUUGGAAUCUAUGAAAAGAUUACGACUGGACUCAAAUGCACUUCACUGUGACUGUGAAAUCCUGUGGUUGGCUGAUUUGCUAAAGACCUAUGCCAACUCUGGUAAUGCCCAAGCGGCAGCGACCUGUGAAUAUCCUAGAAGAAUCCAGGGGAGAUCAGUGGCAACUAUCACCCCAGAAGAGCUUAAUUGUGAAAGGCCAAGGAUCACGUCAGAGCCCCAGGACGCAGAUGUUACCUUGGGGAACACCGUAUACUUCACUUGUAGAGCUGAAGGCAACCCCAAACCUGAAAUCAUUUGGCUUCGAAACAAUAACGAGCUGAGCAUGAAGACAGAUUCCCGUUUAAACUUGUUGGAUGAUGGCACUCUGAUGAUUCAGAACACUCAGGAGACAGACCAGGGGAUUUACCAGUGCAUGGCGAAAAACGUGGCAGGAGAAGUGAAAACCCAAGAAGUAACCCUCAGAUACUUCGAGUCUCCAGCUCGACCCACUUUUGUAAUACAGCCACAGAACACAGAAGUGUUGGUUGGAGAAAGUGUCACUUUGGAAUGCAGUGCCACUGGUCACCCUCAACCGCACAUCACCUGGACAAAAGGUGAUCGGACGCCCUUACCAGUUGAUCCUCGAGUGAAUAUCACUCCUUCCGGUGGCCUCUAUAUACAAAACGUCAUACAGGAAGACAGUGGGGAGUACACAUGCUUUGCAUCCAACAGUGUUGACAGCAUCCAUGCUACAGCUUAUAUCAUCGUACAAGCUCUUCCCCAGUUCACUGUGACUCCUCAAGAUAAAGUCGUUAUCGAGGGUCAGACAGUUGAUUUCCACUGUGAAGCGAAGGGUUAUCCACAGCCAGUCAUCGCAUGGACUAAAGGAGGGAGUCAGCUCUCUGUGGACAGACGGCACCUGGUCCUUUCAUCGGGCACACUGAGGAUCUCUGGAGUGGCCCUUCAUGACCAGGGACAGUACGAAUGUCAAGCAGUCAAUAUCAUCGGCUCUCAGCGGGUGGUGGUCCACUUGACAGUGCAGCCAAGAGUUACCCCAGUGUUUACCAGCAUUCCAAGUGAUAUGACAGUGGAGGUUGGCACCAAUGUCCAGAUUCCGUGUAGUUCCCAGGGGGAACCUGAGCCAGUAAUAACAUGGAAUAAGGAUGGGGUGCAGGUGACGGAAAGUGGAAAAUUUCACAUUAGCCCAGAGGGCUUCUUGACCAUCAAUGAUGUUGGGACAGCGGAUGCAGGCCGUUACGAGUGUGUGGCCCGGAACACGAUUGGAUACGCCUCAGUUAGCAUGGUCCUGAGUGUGAACGUUCCCGAUGUGAGUCGAAAUGGGGAUCCGUUUGUAGCCACAUCAAUUGUUGAAGCAAUUGCGACUGUUGACAGAGCAAUAAAUUCAACCCGAACACAUUUGUUUGACAGCCGUCCUCGUUCUCCAAAUGAUUUGCUGGCUUUGUUCCGGUAUCCAAGAGAUCCUUACACUGUUGAGCAAGCAAGAGCAGGAGAAAUAUUUGAAAGGACAUUGCAACUUAUUCAGGAGCAUGUACAGCAUGGCUUAAUGGUGGACUUAAAUGGAACAAGCUACCACUACAAUGAUCUCGUGUCCCCUCAGUACCUGAAUCUGAUCGCUAACCUCUCCGGCUGCACUGCCCACCGACGAGUGAAUAACUGCUCAGAUAUGUGCUUCCACCAGAAGUACAGGACACAUGACGGGACAUGCAAUAAUCUCCAACAUCCCAUGUGGGGAGCCUCCCUGACUGCCUUUGAACGCCUAUUAAAAUCUGUGUAUGAAAAUGGAUUCAACACCCCUCGAGGUAUUAACCCAAACCGACUCUACAAUGGGUAUGUGCUCCCCAUGCCCCGCUUGGUGUCUACGUCUCUUAUAGGGACUGAAACCAUCACCCCUGACGAGCAGUUCACCCACAUGACCAUGCAGUGGGGCCAGUUCCUCGACCAUGACUUGGACUCCACAGUGGUGGCUCUGAGUCAGGCCCGCUUCUCCGACGGGCAGCACUGUAGCUCUGUCUGCAGCAACGAUCCUCCCUGUUUCUCGGUCAUGAUCCCACCCAAUGACCCCAGAGUCAGGAACGGCGCCCGCUGCAUGUUCUUCGUGCGAUCCAGUCCCGUCUGUGGCAGCGGCAUGACGUCCCUGCUCAUGAACUCUGUCUACCCCCGAGAACAGAUCAACCAGCUCACUUCGUAUAUUGAUGCAUCCAAUGUUUACGGGAGCACGGACCACGAGGCACGAGAAAUCCGGGACCUGGCCAGCCACCGGGGGCUUUUGAGACAGGGCAUUGUGCAGAGAUCUGGAAAGCCGCUGCUUCCUUUUGCAACAGGGCCGCCGACUGAGUGUAAGAGAGAUGAAAAUGAGAGUCCAAUUCCUUGUUUCUUAGCUGGGGAUCAUCGAGCCAAUGAGCAACUGGGCCUGACAAGCAUGCACACACUGUGGUUUAGAGAGCAUAAUCGCAUCGCCACAGAGUUACUCAAACUGAACCCCCACUGGGAUGGGGACACGAUCUAUUAUGAGACGAGGAAGAUCGUUGGUGCGGAGAUUCAGCACAUCACCUACCGGCACUGGCUGCCUAAGAUCCUUGGAGAGGUGGGCAUGAAGAUGCUGGGGGAAUAUAAAGGGUACGACCCCAGCGUGAAUGCUGGAAUCUUCAACGCCUUCGCGACGGCGGCUUUUAGGUUUGGCCACACCCUCAUCAAUCCAGUCCUCUAUCGCCUGGAUGAGAACUUUGAGCCUAUCCCUCAAGGCCACAUACCUCUGCACAAAGCCUUCUUCUCUCCCUUCCGAAUUGUGAACGAGGGAGGCAUCGACCCACUUCUCAGAGGGCUGUUUGGGGUGGCGGGCAAGAUGCGCGUGCCCUCCCAGCUGCUGAACACGGAGCUCACAGAAAGGCUCUUCUCCAUGGCACACACGGUGGCCCUGGAUCUCGCUGCCAUCAACAUCCAGAGGGGCCGGGAUCACGGAAUUCCACCCUACCACGACUACAGGGUUUACUGCAACCUGUCGUCAGCAUACACUUUUGAGGAUCUGAAAAAUGAAAUUAAAAGUCCUGAAAUCCGGGAGAAAUUGAAAAGGUUAUAUGGCUCACCAUUAAACAUAGAUUUGUUUCCUGCCCUCAUGGUGGAAGAUCUGGUUCCUGGGAGCAGACUCGGGCCCACGCUGAUGUGCCUGCUGAGCACGCAGUUUAAACGCUUGCGAGACGGCGACAGGUUGUGGUACGAAAACCCUGGGGUGCUUUCCCCCGCUCAGUUAACCCAAAUCAAGCAAGCGUCCCUGGCCAGGAUACUGUGCGACAAUUCUGACAACAUCACCCGCGUGCAAAAGGACGUGUUUAGAAUGGCCGAGUUCCCGCACGGGUAUGGCAGUUGUGCUGAGAUUCCCAGAGUGGACCUAAGGAUGUGGCAGGAUUGCUGUGAAGACUGUAGGACUAGGGGGCAGUUUAAUGUCUUUUCCUACCAUUUCCGAGGCAGGCGGUCUCUUGAGUUCAGCUACCGGGAAGACAAGCCCACGAAGAACACAAGACCACGGAAAAUACUGAGUGUUGUAAAACACAGUAAACAUUUCAAUAAUGCCACCUCAGCAUCCUAUGAGCACUCAAAUGUUCCAGGGACAAAUGACUUCAAAGAAUUCGUUCUGGAAAUGCAAAAGACCAUCACAGACCUCAGAAAACAGAUAAAGAAACUUGAAUCCCGGCUCAGUAAAACUGAAUGCACUGAUGCAGAGGGUAAAUCUCAUGCAAACAAUGCAAAGUGGAAAAAAGACUCCUGCACUGUUUGUGAAUGUAAAGAUGGGCAGAUCACCUGUUUCGUGGAAUCCUGUCCGCCAGCGGAUUGUCCGGCUCCAGUGAAAAUCAAAGGAGCAUGUUGCCCAGUCUGCUUAAAAAAAACUACAGGAAAGAAACCUUAGGUUCUUUUAAAGUUUCCUAGGAGUUUCUUUUGCUAAGUCAUCUUGAGAUCUGAUGGCUAAUACACGUAAUCUGCAGACAGAAAGAAACACCAAGAACUCAAGACAUUUCACGACAACCUUCAACUGGUGCUGUUACAGAAUAUAGCGCAGGAUGCUUUUUAUCAGUGUUCAUGGAGGAGGAUAAACAGUGCAAAUAUAUGGGAAGGGAAGUAGAUAAAUUGUCCUAACUUCAUGUUAGAUUUCUCAGGUUUUUAUUUAAUUUUUUUAAAUAAAAAAUUGGUGCUACUAUUAAAUUGCACAGUUAAAUCAUUUAGGCUCCUAAAUUGAUUUCAACUAAUAACACCAUUUCUUUUUGAAUAAAGCAGGAUACCUCUAAAAGUUUGUUCUGCUUGAAUCUGAUACCGAGAGCCUGCAGACGUGUCCCCUGCAGAUGUGUGUGAAUAAUGGAGCUGCUGGAGAUGGAAGCACGCCGAAAUCUGGGUUACAUUUCAAGCCACAUUAAAAAAGAAAAUUGGUAUUUGGCAAAUGGAACAGAAUCUUUUAUGAGAGUGUUCACAGUGAAAACAGAGUGUCAGUAGAGAAAUGUGGGCUCCCCUGUCUCCCCCAAAAGCAACAUUGGUUGGUGUUCUCUAGUCUCGGUUCUCUGUGUAACAUUUCACAGCUCAUCCGCAUUUAAUCAUAAAACACAACACUCCCUUUGCUUCAAGCAUGUGUAAAGCCUGUGACUUUCUUUGUUUCAAACUCCUUUCACACAUGACUGUAAUGAUUAUUAGGCCACAUUUCAAAGCCUGGUUUGUUUUCAUUUAUUACUUGCAUACAUAUUGCCUAGUUGUGAAGAGAAUGUGAAAAUCCUCUGUAAGUCAUUUUGUAUCUUGAUCUACUGAAAUGACAGGGAGCAUGGCCAAAAUCUGUCCACAGACAACGGUUGCUCUAUUCAUAUCCGCAAGGCUCUCUUCCUAACCAGAAUAUACAGAAUACUUUUCUUACAAUUACUCUCUUGAUUCUUCUUCUGAUGAGAGGAAUUUGAAUGUUGGGAACUUUCUAAUUUCAUGUUGUGUGAGUGCUUUAAAAAAAAAAUCAAUCCCUAUACCUCAUUUGCAUUUUUAAAAUGCAUUAUGUUUGAUGAAAUUUUGCCCAUUUUUGAAGUGUUAGAUAUGACAGAAAAAUCAUUUCUGCUAUGCAAAAGUUCUUUAAAAAUUCAGUGAAAAGCAACUAUCAUACCUCAUGGUCUCUCUCUCUUUUCAACUGACCAACACCGUCUAGAUUUUUUUCUAAAUACCAAAUGAUACAUGUUCUAAGAAACAUUUCAGUAAACAUACAAGUUGAAUUCAAUAAGCAUGUAUUUGAGUGCCCACUUGUGCCAGGUUAUUUGCUGGAUGUAGAAAGUACAAAGAUGAAUAGAACUUGUCCCUGCCCUCAAUAGAAAUUCCCAGUUUAGGUCCAGGAGAAAGACACUUAAGUAAACAGGCUCUAGGUGGGAGCUGACGUGCCCAGUUUAUGGAUAGCAGUGUUGAGGGCAGCACCAGUGAAGGGUCUUUGGAGUGUGGCUUGAGAUGGGAGAUGAGAUAGAGAGCAGGAAGAAAGGCUUCCUGAAGAUUUAUUAUUUUUCUGUGAAAUUUUAUGUUCUUAAAUCAUUUUAGAAGGAAGCCCAAAACACAUGGCAUUGUUUUGAGACGAUUAUUGGGGAACAGAGGGGUGGGUGCAUGUUUUCUAGCAAUGUCUGACUCAUAAUGGACAGUUACAAAGUCUGGUAUGAUUUACUUUUAAUAUGUAGUCUAGUGUGAGCAUCCUUCUUACAAUUAAGAGACAACCAAAUGCCUUUGUGCACUGUGACUGUACCACACCUGCCAGGGAUAGAUUUAACAUUCCAGUUGUAAGAAUAUUUACAGUGUAUUUACAGUAUUUUAUGUAUAAAAUUGGUUAGCUUGACUUCAUAGCCUCAUGGUUUUUAAAUGGUUAAUAAAACUGGUUGGCAUUCCAUUUUGGGCAUGGAACAUGUUUGGGAAUGUCAAGUCAAAGGUAUCGAUCAAAUAUUGGAAUGGAUUUCUGUAAAGUAGGAAAUGUGUAACUUUUUCUAAAAAAAUUGAUGGUUAUGUACAUUGUUCAGGUAUAAAAUCUCCGCAGAGUAUAUAUUAGUCUCCUGGGAAUGUUCUGAUGUCUAAAUAUGUGACUUGGAAGUGUAUUUGUGGUGGCAACGAUGAGACAGUGUAUAUGUGGGUAAAACAUGUAGCAGGAUCCUGAGUCUGGGCAGAUGUCAAAAUGAUUGUGUUCUCAGCAAUCUGAAGAGGGCGGGAAAGCUGUCGAUGACUUGCAAUAAAAUUCUGUAAUUCCAGCUGAAAUGUCUGCAGAAUCAUCAGUUUAAUUUUAUAUAGAUUACCAAAACAGUGGGCAGUUCCUGAAUGAACUUUCUUUUAGGAGCCACUGUAAGGAGAGUGCUGUAAUAUGAAGCAAAAUGUACAUAUUUAUUUACUUUUCUAACUGUUGCCAACAGCCAGGUGCCUUUUUCAUGUUAAUUGUAAUCAGUAUAUUACCAAAGAAGUGUUUGCACUGUGUAAUGAUGCCUUUUGGUUGAAAUAAAUGGGCCACAUUUUCAAA